UGUCCUGAUUUGAAAAAAAAAAGGCAGUUGAUUGUGCGUCGUCGAGUCUCUUUUCCCCUUGAAACCACCCGAAUCACCCCCAUCCAAAAGUAACCCCCUCCACGAGUGCAAACAGUUGGGGUUUGAUGCAGUAAGAUGCAAUUUCUUAUAUUCGCGUAUCCUGGUAUUCAUUGGCAGAUAUGAUAUCCUUUAUACCUUUCCCUGUUCCCUAAAUUGACAGCAGGAAACGGAAGGACUAUCACAGCAAAGGAAAUGGAACCGAAUCCUGUUAUCGACAAUGCUAUACACUAUAAUACAUAAAACACACGCGUACCGUGCAGUUGACGCCAUAUCUGUAGCGUUGUACAACGCAACGCACUCUUGGAAUUCCAGAAGAGGGUUGGCCUCAUUAAAUUUACCCUACGUGAGCUCUGUGUUGGGGAAAAACAGCCAGGAAUUGACGGAGUAGAGUAGCGGAGAGGAGAACAGUGCGACGCCAUGCCCAUCCUCAAGAGUUGUUGUUGCUGUGGCCUGCAGAGAGGUUGCAUAGUGGCUGGCAUCUUCUCAGUGGUGACAUCACUUGCCUGGGCAGCGUGGGGCGGCUAUAACCUGUACGAAUCUGGAAUUUUACAGACGGAAUCAUUUUCAGAUAUCGCCCCGUUUUAUUACGGUUACGCCGUUGGUGUGGGACUCUGGGUAUUCUUAUUUCUGUCAUCCUUUCUCCUGGUAGCAGGAGUUUGUUGCGAUCGUCGGGGCUUGCUCAUACCGUACAUAGUGGCGGCGAUCCUCGCUAUCCUGGUUCACUGUGCUCUGUGCGCUCUCUACCUGUAUAUCCUGAUCUUGGCUUUUGACGAGGGCUACGUCAACGACGUGUUCAACCUCACUGCACUCUCUCUGUCAGGAGUAUUUAUUGUCCUCGACUCACUGAGUUUACUCUGUGUGAUCUCGCGUUACCAGGAAUUGCGUUACGGGGAGGACGCGAGAUUGGUCAGACAGGAAAGCGUCUUCCCUGUGCAAUCUCCAUCAAUAGCCAUGACUGCAUCCCAACCCAGGCGCUACUAACUUAACUGUUUUUUAGCUGACUGGACCUUUGCUCAGCCGAUGACUAUUUCAUGUCUAUACCAGAGAAGGGCCUGCAAAACACGUCCAAAUUUUAUACUUCUGUAUUUAUGCACUGACCUUAAAAAUAUAUGACAAAAGGAUUAUUUUUGUGAUGACAGAAUGAGGGUGGGACUUAAGUUAAAAGAACACCUUCGGAAAUGUCUCGAAGAAAUAACAAAUUAAAGCAAACAUUACUAUUUGUGGUUGAAGUAGCUGCAGGCGUCAUGGCAUUAUGGAAUUAACGGAACUCGAAAAAAAAUCAGCCUUAAAAACCUCUUGGUGUGUAUGAACAGAUCAAUCUGGAAAUUUAUUGGAAAUCUUAAUUACUAGGCAUCCUGCGUAUAUGAAUCAACGUUCCAUUCAACUUCUUGAAGGUUGGAGUACAUAAAUAACAAUGUUAAUGUUUAGCAGUAUAACCAUUGCAAAGGUGCAACUGAAGAAAAGGCAAUCAUUCUUUAUUAUCCAAAGAAUCCAUAUUUCUGAAAUAAUUUAAUUGGGAAUAAAAUACCUGUUUUACCAUUA